ACGGCGUCAGUAGCAACAAAAAUGUCUGUGGACAAUUGUUGACACGCACAAAGGGUUAUGAACUUUGACAUGGAAUCCGCACCUACCUACUGUAAAACGUUUAAAACUGCAACUGAAAAUACUUUUAAAGAUCAUCGGCAUAAAAGAUUAUCGAUGCAAACGCCAAGUACCUCCAAAAUGUCGAUGACAUUCACAGUGAAGAGCCAAUCCUUAGUACAGCUGUGGCAAGAGAUUGAACGGAUCAAAGCCGAAUUCAACGUCUUUAUUGAAAUUCAGGAAAACGCAGACGACAAAGAGCUUACUUGGGUCAUGGUAAAUGGUCAGCGUCAGAAAGAAGCAAAGGAUUAUAUAACUUCAUUUUGUAAUCCUGAAUGUACCCAAGUGCUGGUCUGUCCUGAAAUCUUUGGUGAAUUCCUCGAAGAUACCAGAAGGAAAUUGGAAGUAAAUUAUGAAGUGGUAUGCAGAAUUAUUGAUGAUUUAAGCAUAGAGGUCUGUGGUAGCGUGUUGAAUGUAACAUUAGCUUCAUCAGCGUUUGAGGAAAUCAUUGUUCAGUUUGAUGACAAUGUCGCAAAGGCUACUAACAAAAACCAUGAAGAUAUCAUUGACAGCCAUUUGUGUAGUUUUGCUCUAAAUGAAGAAUGGCAGGGAUUAGAUGCAGAAACAUCUAUUAGUCUACCACCGAAUGUCAAACGGGCUCUUCUGUCUGUUUUGUCGGAGGAACCAGUUGAUAAAGGAGAUAAGUUAAUAGAUGGAAGAAAUGCAGCGUUAGGAGAAGUUCACCAUUCUAUUGACGUUACUGAUGAUGAUGAAAUUGUUUUUGAUGCAUCUGGUCUUUGUAGCACAGUUAAGAAAAAACCAAAGACCAAUAUGUCUUCAAACAGCAUGACCGAAAGAUUCCCAGAGAAAAAUGUGUCCUUAGAUGGCAGCUAUAUUGACGAAGAUGAAUCUGUGAUAUUUCUGGGGACAAAAAGGUCGACAAAAGCUCAAUUUGAUGAAAGUAUCAUUAGCGGUAAUGUCAUUUGUACUCCUGACCCAAAAAAGCUCCGCCUUGAUACUAUAGAUACCAUCUACCUUGACUCAUCACAAUCAGAUUCUGAAUUACCAGAUAGCCACCAGAGCCUUGUCCAGGUGCUUGUGGAUGUUGGAUAUGAGAAAUGGGCCAUUGAGGCUGCCCAAGCCACCCUAAGUAUAGAAGAGAGAAGAGAUCACAAGAAAGUACUGAAUAUACUUCAAAGUCAGAAGAAUGAGAAUAAACUGAAGUCUUUAACAUUACCACGACGUAUACAAGAUAACAUGUACAAGAUCAAGAAGGAAGAUGUUAGUGUGAUAGAUCUUUUGCCAGAUCCUGUGCCAGAUCAGCAGGACUUAACAGUUUUGAGUGUUGAAGAGCUGGAGAAGAGGCAUCAACAACUUGUAAAUGCUGUUAGUGUCAGACAGCCGAAAAGCAUGCCAGCAAUGCUUACACCAAUGAAAAUGAAGCCAAAAUACUGUGGCUCACUUCCUCAAAGUACUCCAAUGGUGAAGUUGAACUCUAACCAAGUCUCCAGUACAAGUAAUCUUCCUGAUCUAGAUAUAACCGUUGUCGAUUCAGGAAAGAUUAAAAUAUCUGAAACGAAAGGAAAUAACCAAAAUUCUGAUUCUGUUGAUGUAGACUGCAUUGGAGAACUCAAAGUCAGAACGACAGCAACUAGAGUACCAGUUAAACCACCAGCUGAAGACUGGAUCUAUGUAUCAUCAUCCUCUAGUAACUCUGAUUCAUCUACUGAAGCUGUCCGUAAGGUAAAAAUAACAUCAGAGAAGUCGCUAGUAUCGGCAAUUGAGAAUGAACUGGUAGCACGUCAAGAAACAAACCUUUUAACACAACAAGCAAAGUUAGAAGAAGAUUUGAGAAAACAGCAAGAGGAAAUUAAGGAAGAACUGGAAAAACGCUAUGCAGAACAACACAAACAGCUCCGUCUGGAUAAUGAAAAGUUACAGAAGAAACAGGAAGAAUCAAUCAAAGAAUUAAUGCAGAUGAUGGAAAAUCAAAAGAAAGAACAGUUACAGAAGGAGGAAAAACUCAAGAAAGAACUGACUGAGAAGGUGAGAAAGGACAAGGAAAUAAAGGAUCUAGAGAUACAAACAAAAAAGAUGCAGGAAGCUUUACGUAAGCAAGAGGAGCUAAUGAAGAAGCUGCAGCAACAGAACCUUGCAAGUAUGAAGGCACCCAGUCUCCCAAUGGAAUCACCAAUUAGAAUCGAGCCAAAGGUUGCCAAAGUAGCCAGUGGUCUUAGGCCAAUUGUAAUAGACGGAAGCAAUGUUGCGAUGACGCAUGGCAAAGGUAAGGUGUUUUCAUGUCGUGGAAUCGCACUUUGUGUCAAGUAUUUCCAAGACCGUGGCCAUAAGGAAAUAACAGUGUUCUUGCCUCAUUGGCGCAAGACACAAGAGGCAUCUCGUGACAAGCCAAUUACAGACCGGAAAAUUCUAGAUGACUUAGAAAGGAAGGAAUUUUUGCAUUUCACUCCGUCUAGGAAAGUGAGAGGGCGCUUCAUCGUAUCGUAUGAUGACAGGUUCAUUGUCCGCUUGGCAUCAAUGAAUGAUGGAGUGAUUGUAUCCAAUGACAACUACCGGGAUUUGAUGAGUGAGUCAGAAAAAUGGAAGAGGGUUAUUGAAGAACGGUUGUUAAUGUACAACAUUGUCGGUGAUAUUUUCUUGUUCCCCGAUGACCCGCUCGGAAGAAAUGGUCCAACGCUUGAUCAGUUUUUACAGAAACAACCUCUAAAUGUACAUGAACAACCAGAAUGCACAGUAUCAGCACUACCAGCACUAUCAGCGUUUCCCAAGCAGAUUCAACUUUCCAGGCAACCAGGCCAAUUAUUACCGCAUGAUGAACAGUUAUCGCCUCUCAUACAAUCAUUGGCAGUACCGCCACAAAUAGAACUACCGAACCGUACUGUCGACUGGAACCAGGAGAACCUCCCCGACCACUUUCCUAUGUUAAGGGCUCCUGUUGCUCCUCAAAUUGGAAAUCCAAGACGUUCAGUUAUUGAGGAUGAACGGUGGGAUUUUAUGGACCCAAGUAGAAGGCUAAAUACAGGUUAUCCUAUACGCAGACAUACAGUGCAUGCACGUACAGAACCAAUUAUAAGACAUUCAAGACCGCCAGACACUCGAAGACAUGAACCUCAACAUAGGAAUCUUAAACAAGACAUUGAUCGUAGGAAACAAGAAAUUGAUCAUAGAAAACAAGAUCAAAUACCACGUCAACAAGAUGAGAGAUUUGAAGGGAAUACAGAUAUGGAAGAAUUAACUCGCGUUUUUGAAAAGUUAGCGACAAUCUUUCCAAAUAAAGAGGAAAAAAUUAUGACUGUCCUCCAUCGUUAUCCGGAUGUAAAAGAUGUGAAAAGAUAUGCGAAUAUGAUUAAGGAUCCAGGGAUACUUGAAAUGCCGGCAAAAGUGCCACAAAAUGUACGGACGUUGCCGAUGUAUGCUAAAUUGAAAAAUGUCUUUCCCGACUCGGACAGUGAGAUUGUUAAGCUUCUUACAAAGCAUCCGGAUGUGGAUGAUAUGAACGCUCUCUGUGCAAUGCUUCUUGAAUGAUACUUUAGUUCUCACCUACUGGCACUUCGCAUUUGAAUCUUCAGCCAUAAAGUCCUGUUCACACUAUCAAAUUCUAUUUGACAAAAACAUGUGAUAUGUCUAAAUAUGGUCAUGAUGACAUCACAUCGUGACCAUAUAUUGGCACAUGAUGACCAUAUAUAGGCAUAUCAUGACUAGAUAUGGGCAUACAAUUUGAUGAUGCAGACGGAGCUUUACAGUGGAAUGUUUUGUGUUGCAGCACCAGCUUUCUUUUUUGAAUAUCUGUCCCCACUGUUUUUUCACAAAUUUUAAAAAGCUGACAUUUCAUAAAAGGUACCACCAAAUUUCAUGAAAGGAAGCCUACAAAACAAAAGAACAUUUUUUCAUAUACUAAUACAACAAAUAAACAUCCAUAUUAAAAUCACUGUGUAGUAAUAUAAUUUUUUUAGUAAUCACUGAUUUUUUUAGAAUCCUUCACUAACUUGAAGUACCUUAUAUAUGUAAUACUGAUAAUUCUUAAUAAUAAUUUAAAUUCUUUUUCUUUGGAACAAAUCUGUUAUAGGGAUAAUAACAAUAAUAUUUAUUAAUUUUCUGUAAUGAGUAGUUUUGACAAAUGUAAUAUACUGCAUAUUUUAGUAUGUAAUAUACUGUAUAUCAUAAUGUGUAUUACCCAUAUCACUAUAAUUACAUCACCCUUAGUAGACCAUAGUCUUUCUGUGUAGAAUAUAAUAGCAUAAUGCAAACUCAGUGUAUCUCCAUAUCUAUUAUGACUCUGAUGAUCAGAGUGGCUGCUCGCAAUGUAAUUUGCAUUUUCGCUGAAAACAAAAUACUGUAAAAUGAACACAAUACUUCAUAUCCAUGGACUAAAUUGUGUAUUAAUAUACAAAAAAUAAUUAUAGUACUGUUCUGUACUAUAGUCGAACUGUACAGAAAAAUAACAUCUUUGAAAAUUAGCAUUGAUUUAAUAAUGGCAUUUAGUUUCAUGUCUGUUUUUUUGUAUAUUUGCUAUAUACUCUAUAUGUGUGUUUAUGUAUUUAUGAUAUAUAUAUAUAUAUAUAUAUAUAUAUAUAUAUACAUGUACACCAUACCUGCCUCCUUUCUUCCUCCCACUUUCCCAAUGUUCGCUUUCUUGUCAUGUUUGCAAUCCGUGUCAGUCAUAAUGACGGUUACUAUAUUCCUCUUAUUUUGUUUUUGUUUCAUUUUAAAAUUGCAUGACUUGCAACUAGCCUAAUAAAAUAAAAAAAUAAAAGCGUGGUAAUAAUUAUUAUAUGGCUUAUAUAUAACUGAAGAAAGAUUGUGAAAAUUGAAUACAAAAUACCAAAGAUGAGAAAGAUUUUGAUGUGAUUAGAAAAACGAUUUUAUUUUUGUUUUAAGGUGAGAUGUCUCCCAGACCAGAAAUUGUAUUUGUUAAUGAAAUUGAAUUUAUUGAUAUUAAAUCCACUUUAUUCAAAAUUUA